UGCGAUGGUGCGAUAGAGAUACUUGCGCGCGUUAACAAGGUUAACAAGUAAUUGCAAUAGUUAUUUAAGUAAUGCGCAGUUAAGAGGUUAAGAGGGUUAAGAGAAAGGUGGAGGUUGCUUUUAAAGCUUGUGUAAUCAGUAGGAUGUUGUCGGAGAUGUUUGAUUUAAUGACUUUUAUGUGAAUGUUUCUGCCGGUUUUGUAUGUAAGUGUCUUGACACGUUAGACAUGGAGAAAUAUCGGUACAAAAGGCCGCCGAAUUCGGUUUUGAAGAGGGUAAACCCACUCUUCCAUACCCAAGAUAAAGAUGCUGAUUCAAAGGAGCUGCCUUGUCAUCUAAUAAAGUUGGCACGGAAAACUGGUCAAUUAAAUCUAAGUGGUAGAGGACUUGCUUCAGUUCCAGAGAAAAUUUGGCUGCUGGAUGAAUUAGAUGAAGCAGAAGUUCGCCUUCUUGAGGUUAAAAUGGACCGUGAUGUGGAUGGCGACAGAUGGUGGGAGCAUGAACCAUUGACAUGGCUUGAUCUGAGUUCAAACUGCAUCACCGAAAUAUCUUCUAAAAUAUGUAAUCUUGUUACAUUAACCGUAUUAAAUCUUCACAACAAUAAUCUGGACAGGAUUCCAGCAGAGUUGGGUUAUCUGACCAAGUUAACACGGCUGAACCUGAGUCAUAACAAAUUGUGCACCCUGCCAUCUACAUUCUUCAAGCUUUGCGAGUUACGUUCACUUCAGCUUGCUCACAAUCAGUUGGAAGUUAUAACUGAUGAUAUAGGAGAUUUAGUCAUGCUUGAAAAUUUG